GCGAGCUCUCCCAGUUCAGGCAAAGUGCGAAGACCGGUACGGUCGCGUUGCUAUUCCCGCUAUCUCCGGCGUAUCAGUCCGCAUGAGUUGCUCGGCGCGUGAAGGUUGACAAGACCGACCUGCCUAUACAACACCUCCAGAUACCUACCUACCGAUCGACCGAUCAAAGAGCAGUAUCGAUAGAAUUCGCCGUGAUGAGUGUACGCGGCAAGCAAGUGCAAAAUGGUACCUACGAGUUCGAUUACAUGCGAGUACCUGACACCAGAACCCGCUGGGAGAUAUUUCGCGAUGGCAUCUAUAAUGCGCAAGAAGGGACCUACUGCGGUCACCCGCCAAAAAAAUGGGGCAUGACUGUUAUCUUCUACGCUUGCUUCUACGCCGGAUUGGCGUUACUCUUCAGCAUUUGCAUGAAAGGCAUGCUCGCCACGUUGAGCUACGAGAAACCCAAGUGGACUUUAAGUAACAGCAUCAUAGGUACCAAUCCAGGCUUGGGAUUUCGACCAAUUCCGGAGAACCCCGAUGAGAGAUCACUUAUUUGGUAUAAUGCAACAAAGGCAAAUGAAAUAGAAACAUGGACGAAACGCUUAGACUCAUUUUUGGCACAAUAUAUCAACUCAUCGCUUUUGCCAAAUGCUGGUAGGAACCAGCAGAUUUGCAGCUAUAACAUGCCGGCUAAGACUGGUAACGUUUGUGCUGUCGACGUCAACAAUUGGGGACCAUGUUCCCCAAAUCAACAAUACGGUUUCAACAACUCUUCACCUUGCGUUUUCAUUAAACUUAACAGGAUAUACGGAUGGGUUCCUGAGUACUAUAACGAUACUCAGAAUUUGCCGGCCGAUAUGCCAGAAAGUCUAGUCAAUUACAUAAAGAAAGUCGACGCUUCAUGGCUGAAUACCGUAUGGGUGUCGUGCAAAGGAGAGGAUCCUCAUGACCGAGAAAAUAUCGGUGAAUUGAAUUAUUUUCCUAAAGGACACGGCUUUCCAGGAUUCUAUUAUCCAUAUGAAAAUAUUCCUGGAUACUUAAGUCCAGUCGUUGCUGUCCAAUUUCUUCGUCCGACAAGGAACCAAAUCAUCAACGUGGAAUGCCGAGCAUGGGCGAAGAAUAUCCACUACAGUUCAUAUAGAUCCGAAAAGAAGGGAGCAGUACACUUUGAAAUAAUGGUCGAUGAAUGAUUUUACAUCAUAAUAGUCGAGAUCUUCGACGCUUCCCCGAUUUCAUAGUUUUAUUGUAUCGAAUAAGAAACCGUGCACGAAACGUAAGAUCCGCACACGUUAGAGAGCAUUACGUAUUCCCGGAUCUUCGAUCACGAUGACGGAUAAUCGCUCGAGCCUAGAAAAAAUUAGUAGUUUAAUGAAUUUGUUAUUUUUUAGAGAUAUUUAUAUAUAAUUAAUCAAUCGGAAUAGUUGCUUAUUGGGCCAUGAGUUUGAAUUCUUAAUUCUUAAUUUUAAUAGAAUUUUCUGUUGUUUUGACAAAAAGAAUAUCUCUUGUUAAUACAAGUACGUACAUAAAAGAUACUAAUAAUAGGAGAUAUAUAGAAUAUAUGACUGACUUUUAUUCGAUGAAAAUGUCAGUUUAAUAUUAAUGACAAUUUGUCAAAAAUGUUAGCUUUGUACAUAAUUUUCGACAUUAAAAGCCUAUUAACUUAAA